AUGCUUGGUUGCCCCUGGACUGGACGGAGCCGCGGCCGCGGAGGAAGGACCGGAUGGCGGGGCCGCUCGGUGCACGAUGCCGUCACGGUGGUUCUUGCACUAUCGACACCCAAAACCCUCGUGGAAGCAGGUCAACCGGUGCGCUCAUUUGACUCUCUUCCAGACUUGCCCAGUUCGCGCCGCCUCGUCACAUCAAAAGAUAGGACCGUCUUUCUCAGGAAUGGCCUGACACAGGCUGAGAUCGAGCAUGAAGUCGUCUUCAUGAUCACUGCCGGCUCAGACACCACUGCUACUACAAUGCGGACGACCAUCCUUAAUGUCAUCACUCAUCCGAACGUGUACCUGGAGCUCAAGAGGGACAUCUUCAAGGCCGCACGAGAGGGCAAGGCUUCCAAUCCGGUCAAAUACGAGGAGGCCUUGACUCUUCCGUACAGUAUCUGCAGAAAACGCUCACAUGCCAAACCGGCAGUUAUUCACGAAGGUCUCCGUAUGCGACCCUGGAGCGUGUCGCCUCUCCAUCGCGGAGUCUUUCCGCCCUCAUACACCUAG